AUGGCAGGAGCUUUAAGUUUUAUUCUUGCUUUCCAAUAUUUCCUCUUGACCUUCUUCCACUACUCAUCAAUUGCAGCUAAUGCUAAUUACAAUCUCCAAAGUUUGGGAGCAAAAUCUGAUGGAAAAACUGAUUGUAGCAAGGCAUUCUUGAGUGCAUGGACUUCAGCAUGUGCUUCUACACAGCCAGCCACCAUUUUCGUGCCACCAGGAAGAUACUUACUUGGAGCUGCAACUUUUGCCGGCAAGUCAUGCAAAAACACUGCUAUAACGAUUGAAAUUGAUGGGACACUAGUAGCUCCAUCUGAUUUUAAUGUUAUUGGAAAUUCUGGUAACUGGAUCAAGUUCGAAAGUGUGACCAGAGUUUCUGUUAUUGGUGGAACCCUAGAUGGCCAAGGGACUAAAUUAUGGGCUUGCAAAAAUUCCGGCAAGAGUUGUCCAACCAGAGCAACGACACUGGCCUUCUACAAUUCCAACAACAUCAUAAUGAAUGGAUUAUCUUCAAUAAAUAGCCAGAAGUUCAACAUUCUUGUUGAUGGAUGCCACAAUACCAAGCUAGUGGGAAUAAAGGUUUCUGCACCAGGCAACAACCCAAACACUGACGGAAUUCACGUGGAGAAAUCAACAGGAGUCACAAUUAUGAACUCUCGGAUUGGCACCGGAGAUGAUUGUGUCUCUAUAGGCCCCGGCACCUCGAACUUGUCGAUUGAGAACAUCGCAUGCGGCCCUGGCCAUGGAAUUAGUUGCCCGGAAGCAGGCACUCCUGCCAUGUUCGACAGCAGCAGCGUGCGGCGCUGCUGCGCACACAGCUACAGUAAGCAGCCGGUGCUGCCCACGCCACAAGCAGUUGGCACCGCUGGCACUGCCGCUGCGGCAGCGUUGGUGCCGGCUUAG